GGCCCGGCCCGGCCCGGCCCGGCCCGGCCCGGCCUGUAACGCUUUUGAGAGGCUUAUAUCUCAGCAACCGCUGGACCGAUUGGCCUACGGUCUUUUUUGUUGGGUAGCCCCAUCCCUUCUACCCCGUAAUUGACUACUUUUGAUACAUCUCAGUGACCGUCGUGGCACGUGCCACGUGAAAAGUCAGGGGUGUUCAAGCUGUUUUGCAAAAGUAGUGAUUUUGAGAGGCUCAUAUCUCAGCAGCCGCUUGGGCGAUUGACUUGCGGUAAUUUUUUGUAGGGUAGCAGCAUCCCUUCUACCCAAAAUAGGAUACUCUCGAUGUAUGUGGGUCACCCCCAGUGCACGUGCAAAAUACAACAAUAAGAGGCGCCAAAUUUGCUCCCAUUUCAGUAACUCGGUAAUUACUGGGGCGAUUUCGCUGAAACUUGGCAUGCAGGUAGGCACCCACCAGGCAUUGCAUUCCCAUGUGUUGCGGUUAGGGUGCUACUGCACGUGCGCACGUGCAGGGGGCGUUUCCAGAUCUCGAGAACGGCUGGGCCAAUUGCGCUCAAAUUUGGUACACGGUUGGGGACCAGUUAGUAGGGUGCCGUGCAAAAGUUAUUUUGGACCCCGUUUGCACGUGCGCACGUGCAGAAUGCCGCUUCCAGAUCUCAGGAACGGCUGGGCCGAUUGCGUUCAAAUUUGGCACACCGCUAGUAACUAUAAUAUUUGUGAUGAGAUCAUUAUAUAACUUUUCCAACAGCAUCGCUCUCAGAUAUAUUUUUUAUUCCAAAUUUUCCACUUCGAUCAAUAACUUCCCAAUCGUCCACAUUUAGUGGCAUCACAAAGUUUAUCCUUAUUUUUGUACCAGCCUAGCAGCGUACCUACCUUGUACUCAAUAUUAGUUAUAAUAUACCAAUGUGAUUUUACCUACAUGCUGGAUUAACUUUAUCGAAACGUUCAAAUUUUCAUGAAACCUGCAAUGCAAUCAUGUGGCCUGUUGUUGCUUAGACAUGAGCUGUUAAUCGAAUGGGAACGGUUCCCCGAAGCUUACUUCUGAUCAGUCCUGUUUCUCAUCAGUCUCAUGUUUCCCUUGUGAACCGUUUCUUGGUUCUUGAUCAUUCUUACUUACGGGCCGCCACAAAUUCUUGCAUUUGGGUCCGGUAAGAACCGUUUCCAAAUCAGAGCUUGGUACUUGGUUUUUGCUGCUUACGAGCCGCCACAAAUCUUUGCAUUUGGGCCCGGUCAAAUCAGAGCACAUAUGUGCAAUUUUUAUUCCUAUAGGUAACUCAUUGAACCCACGCAGUCGUCCCACGGCCUUCAACCAAUCAGAGACCAUACUCUACCCUACGUCAUUGUAGCGCCGGCCGUUGAUUGGCUGUUGGUGCGCAGUGUCCCCGCGCAGGCGGCCCGCCGCGGCCCACCCCAGUCGGCCCCAGGAGUCGGCCGGUCGCUCCGCUCCCUGCCCGUCAGUUGGCGUUCGGCAGCCCUCCGCAGUGGUCGUGCGCGCUCCGAUCCGCCCGUGCUGUGUGCCGCCGACGAUGAUGAUAAUGGACAAUCAGAACGCGCCCGACCUCAGGCUCUUCUACCUGGGCCACGCGCAGGUCAGGCGCGCUGCCGGUUCCCCGCGACGACGCCUGUUCGGCCCCGUUGACCCGGCCGAGACUAGGCGCGUCCUCGAGGAGGAGAUGAGGCACAUCUACGAGAGCCAGAAGAAGAAGUGGAACUUUGACUUCGAGAAGGAGGAGCCGGUGCCGGGCGGUCGGUACCUGUGGGAGCGCGUGCAGCCGCCGCCGCCGGAGCAGUCCCGCACCGAGGGCGAGGCCGCCUACGGCCCGGAGCCCUCGGAGCGGGUUCAGGAGCCGGCUGCUCCGGCUCCCGCUCCGGCUCCCGCCGCCGCCCCCGCCGCCGCCCCAUCCGACCGGGCGUCGAACCGGCCCGCCAGGAGUCAGGCGGCAAUCACAGACAUGCUUCGUACGCGGAAGCGGCAGCGCGUUUCGGAGCCCGCCUCCAAGGCCUCGGACGAGGGCCCGGCACCGAAGCGGGGCCCCAGCCCGGGACCCGACGCUGCGUCCUCGUGAUAACCCUUCGGACGUAUGUAACGACAGCGAAGCGGCUGGCUCCUCCGGUUUGGCUCCUCCGGGCUGGCUCCUCCGGCUGGCUCCGGACGGGAGCCGAGCGUCUCUCCGGGCUGGUCCCGGGAGUCGCGGUCAUCGGAGGUCAUCUGCGCCAUUGCGGUCAUAGCGAGGUCAUCGAGGUCGACCGUGGAUCAGACAGACCCCCAGUGGCUGCAUAUCACCGUCUGUGAACUAAAGUGACCACCGGCUGGUGCAAUGUGGACCAAUUCUGCAGUGGUUCUAAUGAGACUAAUCAGAUACCUAGACCGAGCUCAAGAUGCUCCUCGCAGACAUCCCGGCAUUAGAAGACCAACUUAUCAAACAUCGUUCAGGAACCCGAUCUCCGAUCGCCAGUAGCCAACUCAAUGAUGGUGUUCAACCACCUCAGAGACGCCCGAAGGCAGUGCGCGGCCUGACCGGGCCUGACCUGGUCACGUGACAGUGACGUGGUGACGGUCAGGUGACCUCCGGUGACCCGGGCCGCGGCAGGGACGGACGGUUGUUAACUAGUGUGAUGAGUGUCUUGUUGCUAUGUCGCUGUUGAUGCCAUUCGGGGCCGCUCGGCUCCGGCUUUCUCUUUGUAAUGGUUCAGUGUUUUUGCUUUUGUAUCAUACCGUAAAAAUUAGCUGAAUCUAGGGUGUAUUCUGUUUACAAUAGAGUUGCAAAGUUUUCCCAAUGGGCUGCUACCGGCACCGCCCCGCCCCACAAACAUUUUCUGGGAUACCGGCAUGGUACCACGCCCCAAGCAAAAAAAACCGCCAAAUUACCGGCAUACUAAAAAACCUGCAUUCUUGAUUUUGGCUUACCCCUACAUGAGAUGCCACAUUUUGGCAAUUUCAGUAACCGCCCCACCCAACAGCCACCCAUUGUCCAACUUAUUACAAUUCAAUAGCCUCUUAGUGUCCAAAGUUUGAAUCAUAUGCUGAUAAUUUUUUGUGCAAAAUCAAAAAUACCGGCAUGCUACCGGCAAGACAUUCCAGAUACCACGAAAAAACCUGCGGUAGUGAAAAAUUACCGGCAUGCCGGUAGUGCGGUAGGGAAAUUUUGCAACUCUAUUACAGAACAAAGCGCGGUAAAUAGCUUUAAACGCCUUUGGUUGUCCCUGACGGGACGUCUAAUUCUUCGGAUUUAACGUUGACUGCCGGUCGUCUUGUUGUGGCCGGCAGUGGAAGCUUGUUUAGUGGUGCGCUGUCUGUCUGUAGAAUUUGAAAAACCAGUGUACACCGCCUCGGGCGGUUUGUGCCCGGCUGACAAGGUAACACCAUGGCGACAAGGCUUGUUGUAUGUGUAUUGCGUAUAGACAUAGUGGGUCACGGAAUGCUUGUUUGUCGAGGCGUGAGUGAAUUUGUGAGUGUGAGUUGUUUUGUUGCGCGUCUCGCGAUUAUAAUAAUCACCGAUGCAGUGCUCCUGGCGCAUCCAAAGAGCGGUCCGCAGCGACGCGCAAUUAUGUGGCGCAGACGCGCUACAAAUGUGACGCAGCUGUGACAGCCGCAGUGCUCUGAGAUCCCGAGCCAGUUUCGAGGCGUGCUUCUUCGCUUUGCUCUCGGAGCAUUCUAGUCCGGUGAUCUCAAAAGAGGUCAAUAUUUAUUAUAUAUCCUAAUCUAUUCUGAUAAAUUCUGUACAUAUCGUAUCAGCCUGGAUUGUUUGAACGAGAUGUUCCGUAUGAUAUGAAUAUAUGCAUAUUCAGUCUUUGAA